AUGUCGCACCAGCUGUUGCUCCUGGCGCUCCUCGCCCUCGCGGCAGUCGCCCUGGCCGACACCCAGAAGCUCUUCGCGCCGGCGGCGGAGGAGCCGACCAAGGAGGAGCUGCUGAAGAAGGUCGUGACCAAGAAGCCCAUCGAUCCCUAUGCCGACGUGAAGAAGGCGGAGAUCCUCUCCCGGCGCAAGGAGAUGCAAAGCUCAAUCCUGCCUCCGAUGGAUCUGAACAGCAUUCUGGACGCGACCGGGGAAUGGGGUCGGCUGCUGUACAACAUCAUUCCCUACGCGUCGGGGCGACAGGUCGGACUGCUGCCCGCGGCCGGCCUGGUCGUCCUCACCGUCAUGGUCAUCGGCCUCGUGAUUUUUGGUGUGGCCGCCGUUGGGGCAGCGCUAGGAGUCGGGAACGUGGGGACCAUUCUCGGCCGUGAGGCUCAAGCCCUCGCCGGCCUCAUGCCCGAGGACCUCACUUCAUUGGCCUCCAACAUUCAUAUUGCCCUCAACCCCCAGGCGAUCGAGGACACGUUCGACGCGAUGGGCGUGAAAGGCGAAGCGUGCCGGAAGAGGGCUCUAUGCGACAUCCAGCGACUCGCCACCCGGCAUCCCUGGUCCCGCAAACUCCUCGACCUCUUCAACACGUACGUCCCGGGCCUGGAGCGCUACAGCGACGCCAUCACCGCCGCCCUGGAAGACCGAGACUGCGCCCUCGAAUUCGACUCCUGCCGCCUCGGGACCGUGGCGGGGAUGCUCGGCCGGAGCGAAGACGGCGCCCCCGGCGGCGACGGUUCCCAGGAAUACGACGAGGAGGAACCCGAGGAGACCACUGGCUAUCUGGUUGACUACGAGGAGAAUCAGAAGAGCGUCAAUUCCCUCUAGAGGAGCGUCAAUUCCCCCCCCUCCCCCCCCCGCGGAGCGUCAAUUCCCC